UCUCUGAGCUGUGAGGAGGACGACAGCUCUGCUGGAUGGACUCUGAGGAGAAACACAAGCAAACGACAGAAGACUCAGUGUGGAGAUGGGUGGGGAAAACCAGCUGGUUUGAUCUGUAACAUCAGCUACAUCGACACAUGGGACAGUGGGGUUUACUGGUGUGAGUCCAGAGAGGGUCCCAUCAGUAACAUGGUUAACCUGACAGUCACUGGUGGAUCAGUGAUCCUGCAGAGUCCUGUCCUCCCUGUGAUGGAGGGAGAUGACGUCACUCUGCUCUGUAAAACAAAGACCACUCCCUCCAACCUCCCAGCUGCUUUCUAUAAAGAUGGCUCCCUCAUCAGGAAGCAGCCUACAGGUCACAUGACCAUCCAGCAUGUUUCCAGGUCUGAUGAAGGCCUCUACAAGUGUGACAUCAGCGGUCAUGGAGAGUCUCCAUCCAGCUGGAUCACUGUCACAGGGGAACACACCCCCACACCUCCACCUACAUCCACACCUCCACUUAUAAACACCUCUAUCCCUGCACCAGCCUCUGUCCCUCUUCUUCUUCAUAUGUUAAUCUCUUUUGCAUCAGUCUGUAUUGUGGUUCUACUGGUGUUACUGGUUCUGCUGGUGAGACGAUGUGUUCACAGGAAACCUGAAGCAGACAUAGUUGGGGAAGAUGACAUCAUCACUGAUGUGAUGUACAGUGAUGUCAAAACAACAAUUCAUCAACAGCCAAUCAGAAGAAGCACAGAGACUGAUUCAGCUGUGGUCUACUCAGCAGUGAGAACUGAAGAUGUUAGUUAUGGACAAACAACCAUCAGAACAAGGAGGCCCAGACUUUAAACCAGAGCCAGACGUCGUCUACUCUUCACUGAAGCAGUCCACCAGUCCAACCACUGACAUCCAGCUGCUGGUCUCUAACUGGUCUAACAGAUUUUUAUAGUUUGUAUAGUUUUAUUUUUAUUUGUCACUUAAAUUUUCAUUCCUCUUUUUAAAAUCUGCUCUUGAGUUUCUUAUCAAAGCACUUUGUAAACUCUAAUAAACAAGUUAUAUAAUAACGUUCUCCAUCAUUAUUAUUA